CUAGUUACAGUUUUGUCAGAGUUGUCUGUUAGUGUGGUGAAUAUUGCCUCACAAAGGUGUUUCAAACUCAAACAUGAAAGGUUUUCUGAAAAUAUGCUUGUUAUUCACUACUAUUUUGACUCUGGGGGUUCUUUAUAAAAUGUGGCAAAUUUAUAUUUUUGAUAAACCCAUUGCUCCAAUUCAACCCACGGAUGUUAUGUUAAAACUGUCCACUUCACCAGUCUGCACAAUUAACAAACCCAUGGAUAUCAUGUUAGAACCUCACACCUCACAAGUCCCCAAUGAUAUUAGUUCUAUAGAAGCUGAGCAGCUCAGACAGAUACUUGCUUGGCCUUCCCCAGGAGAGCCUGUCUCGUUUGAAGAGUCCACUGAACCAUCAAAAAGUUUCUUUAUCAUUAAGAAUUUAAAUAAAACCUACUUCGUGGGAGACACACUGGAAGUUCUUGUAGUGGCAAGAGAUCACCUUGGCAAUCCAAAAAAAUAUGGUGGUGAUUUCUUCCAGGCCAAGAUCCAUUCUCUGGAGCAGAAAGCUGGAACAUAUGGCACAGUGGUGGACCACCAAAAUGGGAGUUACACAGCUAAAUUCUCACUUUUGUGGUCGGGUGACGCCAAGGUUUCCAUCCGACUGAUCCACUCUAGUGAGGCAGUGACAGUACUCACGAAGCUGCGAGAUACCGAUCCACACAAGGUCUUUUUCCAUGGUGAGUUUGUAAAAGGAAACACAGUGGAAAAAACUGUCUGCAAUGUUCUGGAGACCCAUAAAAACUGCUGCUGCAUCUAUGUAGACCAGCUCACACAAAACACCUGGUACUGCAAGCGGCCCCCUACUCUAUCUUGUGACAAGUUCAAAUACCAUAGCAUGGGAGGUUAUCAAGUAAAUAUGACUCAAAGUGACAGGGAUCUUCUAAAUGGGAAAUUAACUAACAUUGAACUGCCAGGGAACAAAAUACAAAUUCACAUUGCUCAGAAGAAUAUCAUAUUUGACCUCAAGAAAUGCACUCCAGGGAUGAAAGUUCCUAUGCCAGCUGGAUUCUUUUUACAAGACAAAUGGAAGUCACUAAUUUGUUCCACUCAGACCUUCAGCCAAGUCAACCAAGUGACCAGCUGUUUAAGGAAGAAGAACAUCUACAUGAUGGGUGAUUCCACACUGCGUCAGUGGUUUGAGUACUUGGAGCAGUUUGUGCCUUCUCUAAAGCGCAUUGACAUGCAGUCAGCUCGUGAAGCUGGCCCAUAUUUGAUAGUGGACACUGAAAACCACAUUGUUUUGAGGUGGCGAGCUCAUGGCUUGCCUCUCCGGACUACCAAGAUCAUCUUUACAGAUCUCCACUACAUUUCUAAUGAGAUUAGGAAUUUGGGAGGAGGUCCUAAUGUAGUGAUCGUCUUCAAUUUGUGUGCUCACUUCACCACAUUCCCUGUGCAUCACUACAUUCGACGAGUGGCCAGUAUUCGAAAGUCUGUAGUAGAAUUGCUGAAAAGAAGCCCAGAAACCACAGUCAUCAUCAAAACUGCAAACACUGGUUAUAAAGACGUCUACGGGAGUGACUGGCUCACCUUGCAGCUUGAUACAAUCUUGAGGAAGAUGUUUGAAGAUGUUGCAGUGGUGAUUAUCGAUGUUUGGCAGAUGACUUCAUGCCACUACUCAGGAGAAAAUAUCCACCCAGUGAAGACUGUCAUCCAGAAUGAAGUCGACAUGUUCCUGUCCUUUAUAUGUCCGGUAUGAUUACUGCUGGUCAGCGUUUUGCUCUGGUUAAAAUAUGCAUACAUGAUUGCGCACCAAACAUUUUUAUGUUGUGAUGCUCAUAAUUUUUUUUUCUGUUAGAUGGAUUGAAAAAUGGUACAAUUACAGAUUAUGUUAGGCUGCUUAACUUGAAAUGUUUUAGAAACAUAACACAGGUAUUCACUGAAAAGAAAGUUUUGAUUAUUUUAUGUGAUUUCUGAGUUCUAAAUUCAAAAAUGAAAACAAUUUUUCUCAAUCAUAUAACAUUUUUUCACAAGAUAUUUU